AUGUCUGCCAUGCAGAAUAUGAAGUGUGUAAUCGUCGGCGACGGUGCCGUGGGCAAGACGUGUGUGCUUAUCUCGUACACGACUAAUACAUUUCCGGGUGAGUAUAUACCCACGGUAUUCGACAACUACAGCGCCAAUGUGAUGGUGGAUAAUCGGCCAAUCAAUUUGGGGCUGUGGGACACUGCUGGUCAAGAGGAUUACGAUCGCCUGCGUCCUCUUAGCUAUCCUCAGACAGAUGUGUUCCUUAUUUGCUUCUCAGUCGUUAGCGUUGCCUCAUUUGAGAAUGUCAAGUCCAAGUGGCUGCCUGAAAUACGCCACCACGCACCUUGCGUGCCGUUUAUACUUGUGGGCACCAAGUCAGAUUUACGUGAUGAUGAAGAAACGCUUGAGAGGCUUAAGGAGAAGAAUCUUGUUCCUAUCACGAAAGAGCAGGGAGAAGAGCUCAAGAUUGAGCUUGGCGCAUACAAAUAUAUGGAGUGUUCGGCACUUACGCAAAAGGGGCUGAAGUCGGAUCGCUUGCUUUACUUUCCAGCAAUUCCGGGCGCCUCCAAGCUAACAAAAGACAAUCCGCCAGGAUACCGCACCCCGGAAGAGUUUUCUAUCGAUUAUGAAGACCUCAUGAUUACUUGUAAGGACGGCGUGAAGAUCAACGCAUGGCUCAUGAAGCAGAAGAACCACUCAAAUCGGCCGACCCUUAUAUUCUUUCACGGCAACGCCGGAAAUAUUGGAUAUCGUCUGCCAAAUGCCGUGCAGCUAUUUCGAAAGGUGGGAGUCAACAUUUUGCUCGUGGAUUACAGAGGAUUCGGCCACAGUGAGGGAACUCCAUCUGAGGAAGGAAUCAAGCUAGAUGCUGAAGCUGCACUUGACGCCAUGUUCAAUCGUCCAGAUAUCGAUUCGUCGAUGCUUGUAGUGUUGGGCCGGUCACUUGGUGGAGCAGUGUCUAUUUACCUCGCUGAAAAAGAGCCCGUGAGGGUGGCUGGCGUUAUUCUGGAAAACACAUUUCUCAGCAUCUCGGCAAUGGUGGAUGCGCUACUGCCUUUCUUGACAUUUUUAAAGCGAUUUGUGCUUCGAAUAGACUGGAACAGCGAAUCCGCUAUUCAGAAGUUGAAGCAGCCGAUUCUUUUUAUCGCGGGGUUGCAAGACGAGCUAGUGCCUCACCCCCACAUGAAGAAAUUGCGAUCUCUCGCCACUUUAAGUAAGCACGUCGUGUGGUACACAGUCGCUGAUGGAACGCACAACGACACUUGGCUACGCGGAGGCGACAAGUAUUACUCGAAACUGCGGCAAUUUCUUGACGCAAUUAUUGUUGGCAACAAGUGCUUGGCAUCUGAUGAUUCCUCGGUUAAACCUCCUCCACAAAAUGAAAAUGCCAUCCCGAAUAUGCUGCAGCAGCCGCUAUUAAACUCGCUUACGCAAAGAUUCAAAACUGAAUAA